AAAGCACCUCAGUGUAGAGAGAGGGAGAGAGGGAGAGAGAGAAUGGUACACGCAAAGACGGACUCGGAGGUGACGAGCAUCGCACCUUCGUCGCCGACAAGAUCGCCGCGGAGGCCGGUGUACUAUGUUCAGAGCCCCUCUCGAGAUUCCCACGACGGCGAGAAGACGACGGCUUCUUUCCACUCAACUCCGGUUCUGAGCCCAACUGCUUCUCCUCCGCACUCACAUUCCUCGGUCGGCCACCAUUCCCGCGAAUCCUCCUCCACCCGCUUCUCCGGCUCCCUCAAACCAGGCGCUUCCCGCAAAGUCACUCCCGAUGGCGCUGCCGCAGCCGGCCGCCGUGCUGGCCGUCACAAAUCCGAAAAACCCUGGAAGGAUUGCGAUGUCAUUGAAGAAGAAGGCCUUCUCGAUGACGGGGAAGAUCGCCCGCAUGGCCUCAUCCCUCGUCGCUGCUAUUUCCCUGUCUUCAUCCUCGCCUUUGCCCUUCUCUUCUCCUUCUUCGCCCUAAUCCUCUGGGGAGCCAGCCAUUCCCAACGGCCCAAGGUUUCGAUGAAGAGCAUAACAUUCGAGAAUUUCAUGAUUUCGGCUGGAACAGACGCGUCGCUGGUACCAACGGAUUUGGCGACCCUGAAUUCAACUGUAAAGAUGAGCUUCCGCAACACCGGAACCUUUUUUGGUGUUCAUGUGACCUCAACCCCGCUCGAUCUAUCUUACUAUGAGCUCUCCCUCGCCAUUGGCAGCAUUAAGGAAUUCUAUCAAUCGAGGAAGAGUCAAAGGAAUUUAAACAUUGUGGUUUCUGGAAACAAGAUUCCUCUCUACGGUGGAUCUGCGAGUCUCAGCGCUCCGACGGCCGGAAAGAAUGGAGCGGUGACGGAUGCGCCGCCGGUUCCCCUGACGCUGAGUUUCAAGGUGAGAUCUAGGGCUUACGUCCUUGGGAGAUUGGUUAAGCCCAAAUUCUACACGAGGAUUCAGUGCAACGUGUUGAUGGAUCAGAGCAAGCUCAACAAGCCACUCUUCCUGUAA